AUGAUGGUCAUGAUGAAAACUUCUGAUCUGCCACCAUCACCUCCUACACCACCACCACCACCACCACAUUUUCCAUCUGUCUACGUUAGACGUGAAACGUUCAGCAAAAUGAGCGAAGAUGCAAACGAGCAGCAUAAAGUUCUACAAGUUCAAUUUCUUGCAGCAGACUACAAGUCCCAACUCCUUGGAACGUACGACGAUCAGCAAACGAAUCUCGAUAUUUCGAAUUCAAAGACUGUUACUAUAAAAGUUACUGCUCAGCAAAUCAAUCUACGUGGAAACAAUCGCAUAUUCAUCUGUCGAUAUCCUUCAAUCAAAGAUCAAUAUCAAGAUUCCGAUAACGAUAACGAUUCGAAAUUUCCUAAGAUAUUUAUUGCCAAGGAGUUUGGGGAUAAUAAAGAUGAACUUGAUCUUUAUGAGCAUCUUUUAUCUUUACAAGGUGUUUAUAUUCCUAAAUGCUUUGGGGAAAUCUAUUGGAAGGAUGAAGAUGAGGAGAUAAUAUAUCAAGGAAUUGCACUUGAAUUUCUUGAAGGAUUUCGAUGUUUAGAAGAUACUGAUGCCAAAAACGAUCUUAUGUAUAAGAAAUUCAAAAAGGUUUUAGAAGUUAUUGGGAGCAAAGGGAUAUUUCAUGGAGAUAUUGCAUUUAGGAAUCUUAUGUGGCAUUCAGAAAACGAAGAAAAACGGAAUUUUAUCGAAUUAGAAAGCAUUUUCGAUGUGAAAGAUAGCGAUAUCAUUCAUGAAUAUUUGCCAACUAAUGUCGCCAAACCAAGGUGGAUGUUGGAUCCACCUGUUUUACCGAGGGAGAUGCUUGAACGGAACGAUUGGAGGAGAACAGGUGCACGAUUGAGGAAAAACAGGUGGAUGAUUGAAGGAAAUAGGAGGGAUGAUUGA